CACGGGACCACUUGCAGGCGGACAGAGCGUUACGUCAGCCUUGCUCAGUCUCGCACCCCCCGACCGCCCCCUUUCCGACCCCUUGCCGUUGCUGCCUCGCGACAGCCGAAACAUCACAAAACACCAACCACAGCCUUACCUUUCACGUCCCCGUUUCUUCCUCUCCGACGUCUGCCCUCCUGGCGCUCGCGGAACCCCUCAUCACCAGGUACCUUUCUGGUCAUGCCGAUGUUCCGCUUCUGGACGUCCGACUCGAGGGGAAGCGAUAAGACGAUAGAAGGGCACGAUCACCUUCCAGAUUGCGCCGACCGCGUCGCGCACGGCCGCGCGGGGCUUCCCACUCCCGUCUCCCCCAAAAAGCGGCGCCCAAGCUUCGUUGACACCGUUGCCUGUGAUUGCCCGCCGGUUAAACGCUGCAAGACGGAGCAGAAUGGCGGCCUGCCCUCACCUGUUUCCGCAUCCGCCGACUGCGACGAUGCGACGGGCAUGUCGCGCAAGCAAAGCAUGUCUUUCGACCUCGACGCGGCAAAGGAGGCCAUCCAAAUGCAGUUUGGGCUCGAGAUACUGUUGAAGCAUGACGAACUCCGACUUAUCGACCAGGAGCUAGCCAAGUGCCAGGUUGCGCUUGAGCAGCUGAGACGCUGUCACCUCAUUCCGUAUCCUGUCCAGUGUCCGACGCCUAGCCAGAUGCUGGAAAUCAGCAGCGGCAAGGGCCCCGCCUUGAAGCCGAGAAACGGCGAGCCCGUGCCGAAGUGGGCGCCUCCGUUUGGUGUUGUUGAAGGACCGUAUUCGCGUCAUUAUGCUAAGUGGCUGAUACCUGAUCCCGUGUUUGAUGGUGUCCAGUCCGAUCCACAAGGCCUGACGGAUACGGGCCGUAUGAGGAACGCCGCGGAAGGUAGGGCAACGAGAAGCAGUAUCUCGGAUGCCGCAGGCCCCGGUAAGGGCCGGCCAGUUCGCGGCACUGCAGGCCAAAGGUUACAGGCGCUAUCCAGUGGAUACCCACAACCGAAGGACAAGCACUCGCCGUGCAUCGUCAAGCGAUCUGAUGGCAUCACAGUCAAGCUUAUUUGCAUCGACUGCCACAGGUGGGACUUUUCCAGCACCCAGGGUUUCAUCAACCACUGCCGCAUCGCGCACAGAAGGGACUUUAAGAGUCACGAAGAGGCCGCCAUGGCAUCCGGACAUCCCGUCGAGCUCGACGAGAACGGUGCUAUCAUUGGCGAGGACCACAAGAGUGCUGCUGCGGCGCCCUCCGGCCUGGUUCAUGCCUUGGCGCGGCCAGACCCGAUACCGGAGCAUCAAGAAUACAAGGCUCUGCUCUCCCGUAUUAAGGCCUCGCUUGCCCUUUACAAGGCAGGAAAGCUUCCGGGUGUGAGCAGCAUACCCGGUGUUCCAGCUUCAUCGCCUGCUCCGGCGGGCGAGUCUUCACAAGACUUUGUUGGAUCUCCCGACGUUCCCUAUCUGUCGCAGUUGAUGCAGAAGAGGAAGCGAGGCGAGAACUUGAAGGAUAGAGUGGCCGAGGCGAAGACCAAGGUGGACUGCGACUGGUCGACUCCGGAAACGGAUUCGGACGUGGAUGAGCCUCCUACGGCUGGUGAUGCUAACACCUCGGGGCAAGCCACGGCCCCGGCCGUGCGGACGCCGGCUGCCAUGAGAGUGCCUUCUAGGGCCGCCGUGUCACCUUCUCAGCCACCUAGUGCGUUUCGGGCUGCUAGCAAUAAGGGCCACCACACGGCAAGCCGUGAUGCCACCGAUGCCGCCGAUGCCGAGUCUCCUGAUCUCCCCGAAACCCCAUUGUACGAUGUUGAGAUGGCUGUUGAUCUGAGUCCAAAUACCAUGACCAGUAAUAACGCGCCGUCGCUAGUUAGUGACGAUGGGGAGUAUGACGACUCGGACGACGGGUCGACCUCGGAUGCCAGCGAUGCAAUGGAGACAGGGUCUGUCUCCGACAUUGCUGAGAUCAGCAUUCACGACAGCGACGGCAGCGAUGCCCGGGAAGCAACGCCGCAACCCGUCCCUCGCCGUCGCGGAUCGACUAGCAAGGCGGCCAAGCUGAAGAAGGAAGAGAGCAGGCAUGUCACUUUUGUGAGCCCUGCCCCCGUCCCAACCAACACCAAAGGAAGGCGCAAGAAGAAGUUUUGAGUUCGGUAUGCGCCGCGCUGGAUGCUGCAAAGAAAGACGAUGAUUACCGCUGUUACGAAGCAAAGAUUCCGCCGUCAUGGGAACCGGAUUGGGCAAAGAGAGAAAGGCAGAGGAAUAAGAAGAUACCAAUAUUAUGGCUUUUUUUGAGUUGGCUUCC